GCGUGAGAAACAGAUGGGUUGCACAUGGAGAGCAUGAGGUGAGAUGACAAGCAGGCGGCAAAACUCCUCAUCUUUGCCGCUUUGGGCGCGGGAACGGCGCCCUGGGUCGGGUGGGCCAAUGGCCGGACGCGAUGCUAAUCCUGGAGCGCUGUUUCGGCCUGCAAGGAGUCGCCUGUGUCCUCAUUGUGGCUUACCAUUGCCAAGCUGCCGAUAACGGGCGCUGGAUCGCCUCGACGUGGCCCCAGAUGAUUGGCCGCACGGCAUUUUGGGGGUGGAUGGGCGGGCGGGCGGGAGAGGGAAGGACUGGGACUGGGAAGGAGCCUGGGAGGAGGAGGAGGAGGCGGGGAGCAUAGCCACAACCAGACCACUCUAGUACUAGUAUACCUACAUCUCUCUUGCAGUAGUAGUUAACCUGCUGUGUGAAGUUGUGUGUGU